GAAGCUGCUCCGCCGCUUAACUUCCGGAGUCUCGGCGGGAUGUCCACGAGCUGCGACCCGCGCGCCGCCUGAACUCACCUGGAGCGCGAGGCAGCGGAGGGCGCGAGCGCGCGCAGGACGAGCCAUGAGGCGGCGGGAAGCGGCGGGGCGCGCGCUGGUGGGCUGGAAGCUGCUGCUGCUGGUCAGUGUGAGUCGCUGUAAAGAGCUGGACGGCGCCGCCAGGGGGCGCCACGUUCCCAUGUCUCCCUCCGACUUCCUGGACAAACUGAUGGGAAGAACGUCGGGAUACGACGCUCGGAUCCGACCGAACUUUAAAGGUCCUCCGGUCAACGUCUCCUGCAACAUCUUCAUCAACAGCUUCGGCUCCAUCGCUGAGACCACCAUGGUGAGACUACCGGUGAACAUCUUCCUGCGGCAGCAGUGGAACGACCCGCGGCUGGCGUACUGCGAGUAUCCUGACGACUCUCUGGAUCUGGACCCGUCCAUGCUGGACUCCAUCUGGAAACCGGACCUGUUCUUCGCCAACGAGAAGGGAGCGCACUUCCACGAGGUCACCACCGACAACAAGCUGCUGCGCAUCUUCAAGGACGGCAAAGUGCUCUACUCCAUACGACUGACGCUGACGCUGUCGUGUCCCAUGGACCUGAAGAACUUCCCCAUGGACGUCCAGACCUGCAUCAUGCAGCUGGAGAGCUUUGGCUACACUAUGAACGACCUGAUCUUCGAGUGGCAGGAAAACGGGCCGGUCCAGGUGGCGGAGGGCCUCACGCUGCCACAGUUCAUCCUGAAGGACGAGUCGGACCUGAGAUACUGCACCAAGCACUACAACACUGGUAAGUUCACCUGCAUCGAGGUCCGGUUCCACCUGGAGCGGCAUGGUUACUACCUGAUCCAGAUGUACAUCCCGUCCCUUCUCAUCGUCAUCCUGUCCUGGGUCUCCUUCUGGAUCAACAUGGACGCCGCGCCGGCCCGAGUGGCGCUCGGCAUCACCACCGUGCUCACCAUGACACAGAGCUCCGGCUCCAGAACCUCGCUGCCCAAGGUGUCCUACGUAAAGGCCAUAGACAUCUGGAUGGCCGUGUGUCUCCUCUUCGUCUUCUCUGCGCUGCUGGAAUACGCCGCCGUAAACUUCGUGUCGAGGCAACACAAGGAGCUGCUGCGCUUCCGGCGCCAACACAAGAGCAAAACCAAGGAAGUGGAGGCCCAGGAGAGCCGGCCGGCGUCCGCAGCUGCGGUGACCUCCAUUCCCAGCAGCACCAAGGACACCAAAGUCAAUGCCAACAACGCCGUGGGAGCUGUCAGCAUCUCCCAGAAUGCACCUGGAAGGAGCACUGAGGAGAUGAGGAAGCUGUUCAUCGACCGGGCCAAGAAGAUCGACACGGUGUCGAGAGCCGGAUUCCCUCUGGCCUUCCUCUUCUUCAACAUCUUCUACUGGGUCCUCUACAAGAUCCUGAGACACGAAGACGUCCACAAGCCCUGAGGACGAGACCUCAGAGGACAGCGAGUCUUCACAGGACGUUAAAGUUGGAGUACUUUUAGUGAUCUUCAGUUCUGGUUGCAGAACAUCUGGAGGAGCAGACGGCUGGUUCUGAUCCGAAUCCGUGUUGGUAAACAAACUUUUCUUUUUCUGGUUUGUUGUUUAAAAAUUCAAACUGUUGUGGUUUUACCGGUCGGACCAGAACCGCACUGCUACUCACAAACUUGGGUUUUUAGAAAUAAAAAUCUGAAAAGUGUGGCAUGUUUUUUCAUCUACUCCGAUUCCCCUGAACGAAUCCCAAAGCAACCAAAGGCCAGCAGCAAAUUGCAAACUGCUCCGCUUUGUGAAAUAUGAACGAUGAUUCAGCCUCGGGUCGCUGUCUCAGUGCUGCGUCUGUGCUGGCCUCUUCAUUAACGUUUGUCGGUUGGCAAACAUUGGAAUUGAUACACUACCGCCACCAACUGGUGUGGAGGGGAACCACAACAAUUGUAUUAUACAAAUGUUUUAACUAGAGAGAACAAUAUUAUCAUUUUUACUUUAAGUUUUCUAAAUAGAACAAGAAUAUUUCUUGAAAUUGAGAAAAAAAUCAUUUUUUUCAUAAUUUUUAUUAAGUGCCAAACAAAAGAAGCCAACCUGCAGCGGUCCAGGUACAGUCCAGGAAGGAUCCAGGCCCGGUCCAGGCCCGAUGGAUCCUGCGUUUCCGUUCUGGUGGAUUAUCUGCGCGGCGUUGCCGUCUCAGACAGUCAAAGGUUUGAGGUGUAAAUAAUUAUUGUCCCUGUAAAUCCAGGAUAAUUCCAGGCCGACGUGACGUCAUGAGCAGGCAGAGACCUGCCGCUCCGGGCUGCAGGUUGAGCAACAGGACUGAAGAGGAGCUGCUGGAUUCAACCUGUAAUUAUUAUCUUGCACAGUUUAGUUAACCUUCCUCUGACAGGGACACACACACACACACACACACGACACACAUGUCGUGUGUGUGUGUGUGUGUGUGUGUGUGUGUCUGUGUGUGUGUGUGUGUGUGUGUGUGUGCGUGCAUGCAGAGGUGGCAGGUGGUCCAUAGGGGCUCUCCGCUCUGCCUGAUGUGAGGCAGUGAUUCGGCAAAAUCUAUGAAAAUAAGCAACCUUUUUUACAUCAGCCUGUUUUCAUUGCUAGUGUGACUAUUGAAUGUAUCCUGAAUUAUUUAAUCCUGUUUCUCA